AUGGAAGGUUCUCCUGCCCCUUCACCCACCAAAUCUAUACCAUCAUACAACAAUGAUACAUCAGAAGUAGUCUCAUCACCAGUCUCAAACCAUGAAGAAGAGCCUGUCAAGAAAAAGAGACACCCUCCUGACAGGGCAUACUUCAUUGCCAAAGAGAUAUUGACAACAGAAAGAACAUAUCUCAAAGACUUGGAAGUAGUUGUAGUAUGGUUCCGGAAAGCAACAACGAAUGAGGCCAAUCUACCAGAGACCCUUGAAGUUCUCUUCAGUCAUUUAGAUCCUAUUUAUGAAUUCCAUUGUAAAUUCCUCAAAGAAGUCGAACAACGCCUUUCAUCAUGGGAAGGCAGGCCCAAUGCCCAGGGCAAAGGUGGUUUCCAGAGAGUAGGUGAUAUACUUCUCAAGAAUGCUCAACAUUUGAAGCUGUACACGGGUUAUAUUGGAAAGCUGGAAGAGGUCCUGAGUGAUUUGGAGGCCUCGUUGAGAAAAAACAAGAAGUUUGAGUCUUUCUAUCGUGACUUUGAGAUCCAGAAGGUCUGCUAUCUACCCUUCAACACAUUCCUUCUCAAACCUGUACAGAGGCUGUUACAUUACAAACUGGUGCUAGAAAGGCUUGUGAAGCACUAUCAACCAUCACAUCCAGACUACAAGGAUUGCAAAGCUGCCAUGGGAGAUGUAGGAGACCUGACUGCAGACAUCGAGGACAGUGUCAAGAGGAUUGAGAACUUCCAGAAACUGACUGAGUUACAGAGAGAUCUGGUGGGCAUGGAUACGCUAAUACAACCAAAUAGGCAUUUCAUCCGAGAGGGUUGUCUUCACAAGCUAUCCCGUAAGGGAUACCAGCAGAGGAUGUUCUUUCUCUUCUCAGACGUCUUGGUGUAUACCAGUAAAGGGGUCACGCCUACCAACCAGUUCAAAGUUCAUGGCCAAAUCCCUCUCAAAGGAGUUGUGCUUGAAGAUAGUGAGCUUGACCGCUCCGUUGCAAACUGCUUCACAUUAUACGGAGGUAACAAGACAGUUGUCAUAGCAGCAAGCACACCGGAAGAAAAGCUUAGAUGGAUGGAGGAUAUAAGGCUAGCAAUGAGUAUGUGCCAAGAUGACCAACCUACAGAUACAUUAAGUUCGCCGGACCAAGAUUCAGCAUUUGAGGAAGCAGAAGACGACGUGUCGUCACCGUCCAAGUCUAUAGAUCGUCAAUCACACCAUCGGGCUAAUACAACGGUUCAUGUUUGUUGGCAUCGUAAUACUAGUGUUAGUAUGGCGGACCAUGUACAGGCCGUAGAGAAUCAGUUGAGUGGAUUUUUAUUGCGUAAAUUCAAGAACAGCAAUGGAUGGCAGAAGCUGUGGGUGGUUUUUACAAACUUCUGUCUCUUCUUCUAUAAAAGCCAUCAGGACGAUUACCCCUUAGCGAGCCUCCCCCUACUGGGCUACUCUGUGAUGAUACCAGCUGAAGAGGAUGAUAUUCGUAAAGACUAUGUCUUCAAGCUACAAUUCAAGACCCACGUCUAUUUCUUCAGGGCAGAGAGCGAGUACACAUUCAGCAGGUGGAUGGAAGUGCUAAAAAGUGCUACCUAUUCCAGUAAGAUGGAGAAUGAUGUCAUGUAAUGGACGCUCCGAAAGCAACACACAAACUGCCCAUGAUGAUAUCCCCUGAGACAUCAUCUCCUCGAUACUAUCCUCCAUCCAAGUAUUUCUCCUUGAUACCAGGGAAGUGUUUCAUGAAAUAUCUUGUUAGUGAUUUUUGCUUAAUAAUUUGCUCUCUGCCAAUCAGAUGCAAGGAUUUCAGUAGCCUGAAACAUAGAUCAGUGAAAUCAUUAUUUAUUUCAUGAAAUUGUCUCCAGUUGUAGUUUCAUGAGCCAAUCAAAUGCAAGGAUUUCAGUAGCCUGAAACAUAUGUCAGUGAAUUCAUUAUUUAUUUCAUGAAAUCGUCUCCAGUUGUAGUUUCAUGAACUACCUUGUUAGUGAUUUUUACUGUUUGCUUUGAGCCAAUCAGAUGAAAGGAUUUCAGUAGCUUACAACAAGUAAGUCGGUGAAAAUAACUGACAAAACUGUAUGUGAAACACUCCUCUGGGAAACUUACAAGGAUCAAAGAGGAAUGCUGUUUCUUCGUCCAACCUCUCUUCCAUCAGGUUGGUGUUUCAUAAAGCUCUUCAUAGGUUACAGGUGACUUUAUGAACGACUGGUGAUCCUUUGUUAGGAACAUGAGGAACUUGAAAUCAACGCCAAUAGAAGUCAUUUACCAAAAGAAAGGAUCACCAGUCUUCCGUAAAGUAACUUGUUACUUGCGAACCGCUUUAUGAAACACUCCCUUGAUUUACUUUGAGAGUGCCCAUGGGAGAAAGAAAUGGUCCAGUUAUCAACGAGAAACAUUGCCAAAGUUAUCACAGACUCUUUUCUUAUGUAAGCACUGACCAUUACAAAUGUCCAUGUGUGCUUCUAUCAGUAACAGCUGAUUUUCCUUUGUAGAAUUGUUGGAUUUAAGAUGAAUAAUUGCAGUCAUUUGUGGAAGAAAUAUAUAAUGACAUAUAUUGUAUACUGCCUCUUAGAUUUCUUUUCUUUUUAAAUAAAAGCUUUAAUAUUAUGCAAAAUAAAACAAAUUUUGAAGUUUGUUUGACAGUGCAACACUAUAGUAUAAUUUUACCUUUUGCUCAAUUGAUGAAGAAUGAUGAGAAUUUCAAAGUUGCUUAUUGUAUCAUAAAAUAGACAGGAAUCCCAUCUAGCUCAGAUUUUCUUGACUCUUAAGAGUUAUGUGCAAGAGGAGAGUUCCAAAAAUGAUAUCAGUUCUUGCUUUACAUGUAAGUUUAAUGUGUUUUAUAGGACCACUGCCAAGAGGGCUACAUUGGAAAGUUUGAGGUUUUGUUCCAAAUUCCUUUGCACACCCUCGCUUUCUAUAUAAGAAUUUCCUGUAGAUGUAUUUUUUUUAUGUUUUAUUGAUACAAAAAAAUUCUAGUUCAUUCCAUAGAAUGUUUCCCAUAAGCAUUUCCUCAGUAUUGAUUGCUUAGAAGAGUGGUCUGUUCUAUUCAGAAAAUUAUUGUAAAAAAAAUGCAAAAUGCCUUGACACAUAUUUUUUUCUUGGCUAUUCAAAUGGCCAAAUUUUAAGUAGCUUAUAACAAGAGCAAUGGACUUUCCAUUAGUAAUGAGUUUUGUUUAAAUUGGGGUCUUUGAUGAGAAAUAAUAGGUUCAAUCAGCAAAAUGUUGAAUGGUGGUCAUAAAUUGCCUUGAAAGGGAAAUAAUAGUCGAUAAUGCCUUGAACAAUUCCUUGAAACUAAUUCUUUAAACUUUGACACUAUUAGCCUAAAAUUCCUUGAAAAGUUCUUCAGACUUGAUGUUAUUAGCUCACACUUGCAAUACACCGAAAUGACUUUAAUCCAUUCAUAUGGCGUAAUGUGCUAUAAUAAAUUUCUAAAUGAUAUUUAAUUGUGAGGAUUAAAGAAAAUGUCCUCUUUCAGUUUUUAUGCAAGAAAGAUUGGUCUUUUUCUUCACAGUACAUGUGAUUCCAGAGAAGGAAAUGUUGUAUGGUGUCCUAAAAAAUGAAAGAAAAUAAUAACAAUCUUUCCUAAUUAUUGAAAGGAAAUAAUACAUAUUAUGACAAACCUUUUUUUAUUCAUUGCGGAUACCUCACGCUUAUAAGUUGCUUUCAGACAAAUAUAAGGUCUGCGUUUUCUUAACAAUUUUUUUUUAUGCUCAGUGAUAUAUGCGAAAUAUGUUUACUCUUUGUCAGACAUUGUACAUUAAAAUUGUAUCUUAGCAUUGUAAAUGUAUGUAUUCUGUACCUAUACUAACCUUUCUCUAUGACUUCUUAGAGAUAUAUUUUUCUUAGCAUUGUGUUACUUUUGAAUUAAUUUAUUAUUUAAUUUGUAGUCCUUUAUGAUGCAUAUAUGGGAGAGGUUAUAGUUAUUAUCCUGUGUAACCGGCCAACUAAUGUUGGGUUCUGGUGUUUUCUUUUGGCGAUGAUUCAAUCGCCACAUGACUAAACUCUUUCUUAAUGGCUAUGUGCAUCUUGAUAUAUGACAUGUAAGAGAGUGGGUGUGUGUGUGUGAGAGAGAGAGUGAGUGAAUGAGUUAGCAUAUUGUACAGAUAUGUAUUUGUGUACAUUUGUAUAUUGAAACCUGCCUUUAAAUGAUUGAUAAUGUAUUCGAAAGUCAUUGCAACCUUCGUAUGAGGUAAUAUCUGAUUUUUUUUUUCAACUCAUCCAAACCAUGUUAUCGCCCAUUGCUAAGCGUUUGAUUCUCUUCACCGUCAGUUUAGCGGAACCUAAUAUGCCCAAAACUAGUCUUAAUCAAUUCUUUGAAGGUCACAAUACGAUGUACUUCUUUUAUUUUAUGAUAUACUUAUCUUUGACUUGUACACACAGCCCCACAGCUUGGAUGCAUUGUUCAUGUAAAACAGAUCAUUUGACUUGUGCUCAUGUAGCUCCAUGCUUUUUUCUUCAUAUCUUGCUUAUUAUAGUCAUAUAACUGUGCUUGAAUAUUCUAUUAUGAAAAUAGAAUUUUAGUGUGUCAGCCAUGUCUUUGCAAGAUUGCUUUUGGUUAAAUCUCUGCCGUCAUCAAUCAUUGCUUGUGUUUUGUUUUGUUUUUCGUUUUUUCCAGCCAUAGUGCUUUAUGCAAUACUAUACCAAUGAUGUUAACAUACUUUGAUCAAACAAAAGGACAAAAAUUAAAGUUAAGAAGAGAGGUUGACAGAGAAAAGAUAAAGGUCUUCCAAUUUGCGGCUAAGAAUAAAACCAAAUAACCUUAGAAUUCUAGGAUCUUUUAAUGCAAAUGUAGCUUUGUUUUACAAGAAGUUCAUGUGUUGUUUUGUGCCCAAGUUUCUCUUGUAAAUGCUUGUCGCAGGGUUUGUUGUAUGCCCAAGUUUCUCUUGUAAAUGCAUGUCGCAGGGUUUGUUUUUCAGGUAGGUAAGCAGUGACUAGUUCAAAAAUUGUGAAAAUCUCAUGAAGUCUUGUGAAUUAAUUUCUCCCAUAUCUUAAUUCUAUGGAAAAUUGAUAAAUCUAAAAAUGUGAAGUUUAAAUUCUUUGUCAGUAAAUAUGGAUAUGUUCUAUGUGCAGUCAGAAAUUGACAUGAUAGAUAUAUUGUUGUUUUGGGUUUUUUUUUGGGGGGGGGUACUAUGUCAGGGCUUGCUAUGAUGUAUCAAUUAAGUUAUUGUGAUUACAUACUGUUUGUGUGCAGAUCACAUCUUCAGUAUAACUUUAAGAAGGUUCAUGUACGCUACACUUAGAAUUGUCUAAUAACAAAAUAGCAACUCUUGACCCAGUGCAUAAGACAUUGGAAUAAUUGGAUGUUAUGAUCUUUUGAACGACUCCAGGUUUUAGAACCGAUUAGGUGUGUAAUGUUUGGGAAUACCCUUUACAUGAAAGUCAUUGCAGCAGUGUGAACCUGUUGUCUAGGCAACCAAGUGAUCCCUGUACAAAGUCUAUGGGAAUAGGAGAAUGUAGUAUCCACUGGGUUCAAGUACCUUUAUACAGUAAUGUUAACAAGAUUUAUUUAGGAACCUUAUCUCUGCAGUGUCUUUUACCAGGAAUAGCUGCUGUGAACUCACUAAGCAUCUUUUCAUAGCAGUUUUCCUGCAUUCCCCAUUGUUUAUAUCUAUGAUGAAGUUUGAACAUUGGUAAUGAAAGGCUGCGUGCAGGAUUCCUCUUGGAUACAGGAGUAGCGGCUCUGCAGUUUAGAAGGUACCUUAGAACCCUUUCCAUCUUAAUUAGAUGCUCGGGUCUGCAGAGCAAAUUAACAGACAACAAGAGAAAAAAUAUAUGUCGUCAGUAGAGGGAUAAAAGUACAUAGCAGAAAGGCAUCCCUUUUAGGUACGCAUUUGAAAAUCAAUGUAAGUCCCCUAAGUUAAUAUUGCAUAUUUUGUCUGAAUGUUUUACAUUGGUUCUUCAUAGCUUUAUUGUCUUUCAGUUGGAUCUUUUCAGUUCACUUGCACACACAUUUGUUGGACAUCUUGCUAUUUUUGAUACUUUUUUGGGGGGGGGUCUGUGAUAAAAUGUUAAAGAUGUUUUUAGUGUAAUUUUCUGUUAAUGUUAGGAUGUGUGUAGAUAUAGUGCUAUUUUCAUACCCAGAUGCUAACUUGAAUUAUGGCUGCUUUGAAAUUCAAGAAAAAAAUUGUCAAAAUUUGAACGGUAAAACCACUCCCGGUUGAGUGGUUUGUACAUGUACUUAAUUCAUAGUUCAAAAGAAAAUGCAAUAUAAAGAAUUAUCUAACUUAUCUCUUAAUCAAGUUUUUAAAAAGUAAGUGACUUUGAAAGUUGAUGAAAAGAGAUUGAUUAACCCAUCGCCUGCUGUAACCGGCUGAUCCCUGUGCAAAAUCUAUGGGAAUCUCGAAAUGUAGUAGUCAACAGGUUGAUUGUUUUUAUUGGAUAGAGGUUAUUGAUACGGCGAUUCACUUCAAAGUCUCAGAUCAUAUUUUUGUAAAUAGAUUUAUUUCCCCCAUGUGAUGAUACAUACUGCAGGAAGGACUCUUAAAAUGCAACUGGCGUGUAUGUGCAUGUGUUCAAACUGCUGCAUUGAUGUCAGCUAAAAAAAUGCAAAAUUAAGUGAGAAAUAAAGAACUAAUCCACUAUGCUCUGUGAAUUAUUUAUCAAGCUUUACCUGCUUGAUAUAUUUAUUGUAAGGUUAUUAAUGUGAGAUGUUGUGUUGACUUUCCAUUAAUGUGCCAUCCUCGUACGUGAUGCAGAUUCUCUUUUUUUUCUAAAACCGGCAUAGUAUUUUGGGAUAUAUUACAGUCUCAUAGAACUUAAGAAAGUUUGGAUAUUGCAAAGAUUUUAUUAUGGAGUCAUGUACGGUCACAGGAAAUCUGUCUUUGCUUGUACAGAUUCAGUUAACCCUCGUUAUGUUUUUCUCGUAUUAUUUCCAUAAUUGUUUAAUCAAAAUUGGGAGGGGCGUUUUUGUAAUUGUUUUUAAAACUGUUUCUCGAAUCAACGAUAUGUCAGUAACACUUUGAGAAUGUAGUAUAAUGCCUUGCCACUUCACAUACAUCUUGUACAGUUUGUUCUUAUACUCUUUCAUAAUGAAUUCUUUUAAUAAAUGAUGUGAUGGAAGAUGUAUAUAGACAAAAUGCAGCAUGGUCAUUUGAGAUUAAGAGGAAAAAUUAAACAUUUGAGAGUGUGACGAAAGUCUUGUUUAUUAUUAAUAUUAUUAUGCAUUGUAUAGUUUUCAGUCAUUUGCAUAUGUAUGGCCGGAUGGUAAAUGCUGGCGCAUUGAAUUAUAUACAAUUGGUAUGAUACGAUUUUACUGUAGAUUAAAUGACAAACAAACCUGUAA